AUGUCUCCCGCCCGGCUCCGGCCCCGACUGCGGUUCUGCCUGCUCCUGCUGCUGCUGCUGGUGCCGGCGGCGCGGGGCUGCGGGCCGGGCCGGGUGGUGGGCAGCCGGCGGCGGCCGCCGCGCAAGCUCGUGCCGCUCGCCUACAAGCAGUUCAGCCCCAACGUGCCCGAGAAGACCCUGGGCGCCAGCGGGCGCUAUGAAGGCAAGAUCGCGCGCAGCUCGGAGCGCUUCAAGGAGCUCACCCCCAACUACAAUCCCGACAUCAUCUUCAAGGACGAGGAGAACACGGGCGCCGACCGCCUCAUGACCCAGCGCUGCAAGGACCGCCUGAACUCGCUGGCCAUCUCGGUGAUGAACCAGUGGCCUGGCGUGAAGCUGCGAGUGACCGAAGGCUGGGACGAGGACGGUCACCACUCGGAGGAGUCGCUGCACUAUGAGGGCCGUGCGGUGGACAUUACCACUUCGGACCGCGACCGCAAUAAGUACGGACUGCUGGCACGCUUGGCAGUGGAGGCCGGCUUCGACUGGGUGUAUUACGAGUCCAAGGCCCACGUGCACUGCUCCGUCAAGUCCGAGCACUCGGCUGCGGCCAAGACAGGUGGCUGCUUUCCUGCUGGAGCCCAGGUGCGCCUGGAGAGUGGCGCCCGUGUGGCCUUGUCAGCCGUGAGGCCCGGAGACCGGGUGCUGGCCAUGGGGGAGGAUGGGAACCCCACCUUCAGCGAUGUGCUCAUUUUCCUGGAUCGCGAGCCAGACAGGCUGAGGGCCUUCCGGGUCAUCGAGACCCAGGACCCCCCGCGCCGCCUGGCACUCACGCCUGCGCACCUGCUCUUCACCUCCAACAAUCACACGGAACCAGCGGCCCACUUCCGGGCCACAUUUGCCAGCCAAGUACAGCCUGGCCAGUACGUGCUGGUGGCGGGGGUGCCGGGCCUGCAGCCCGCCCGAGUGGCGGCUGUCUCCACACACGUGGCCCUCGGGGCUUAUGCCCCACUCACGAGGCACGGGACACUGGUGGUGGAGGAUGUGGUGGCUUCCUGCUUCGCGGCUGUGGCUGACCACCGUCUGGCUCAGUUGGCCUUCUGGCCCCUGCGACUGUUCCACAGCUUGGCAUGGGGCAGCUGGACCCUGGGAGAGGGUGUGCACUGGUACCCCCAGCUGCUCUACCGCCUGGGGCGGCUCCUGUUGGAAGAGGGCAGCUUUCACUCGCUGGGCAUGGCCGGGCCAGGGAGCUGAAAAGACCCCUUCACUGCCCUCCUGCGACUGCCUAACUCGGUCCAAAAGCCUCCUUGCCAGGAGUGCACUGACCCUGGCCAGGACCUGAGUUGGGGGGGGACACUGGUUCCCACCAUCUCCUCUUUCACAGAGACGCACCAUUGCGACUUGACCAGGCAGUGCCCGUGUUGGCCACCCCACCUCAAUGUAGUGACAGAGCUGUAAGCGGAGCUGGUGGGGGGGGUGGUCUAGCCUUCUACUCCAGAGACCUCGAGGCUGGCACGGUGGGGCCAACCCAGCCAGCUCUCACUUUGACCUUUCAUACCUGCCUCCCCCAAGGGGGAGGGCCCAUUCCAUCUGUCUUAGGCCCCUCUUAGGUGGGCUCACACCUCAGUUGAUGCUGCUAGAUUCCCUGGGAGCCAGCAGGGAGCUGGCUGGACUCAAGGCCUGCUGCUCAGAACUGAGAAGGCCGCAGGGUAGGGCAGCCAGUCUGGCCAUCCUGAGGCAUGACCUUCCUUCUUGGCCACACUCCUCGGGACACAUCCAGAGACUAUUGCUGUCAGUGGGCAGAGUUCUGGGUUCCAGCCAAUGUGAUCAUAGUGCCUGGGACCAGGGGAGGGGGCUGGAUGUCCUUCCGCCCCUGCCCAAGCUAAGCUCCCUCUUCUGCUGAACCAUGAUCCCCCACGCCCCCUCCGGUCAGUCUCCCCCACCUUAUUUAUUGGCGCGGAGGGGGGAGCCCAUGGGAGA